AUGGGCUCGCUCAGUGCAGCAAACGCGCAUCUCUGCUUUGAUGUCUUUAAGGAGAUGAGCUACGACCACACGACUGAGAAUCUCGUCUUCUCUCCCUUGGGUCUCUUGUCCGCGCUGGCUCUGGUGCUCUUUGGGGCCAGAGGUGACAGUGCAUCUCAGAUGGAAAAGAAAUAUUUAGACUGUAUCGAACAAUUAUAUAAACUGAAACCUGAAAAUUUGGAUUUCAAAAAUAAUUUAGAAGAAGCCAGAAUGCGGAUUAACUCAUGGAUUGAAAAUAAGACCAACGGUGAAAUCAAGGGCCUCUUGCCCCACAACAGCCUUGUGGCUUCCGACCAGUUGGUGCUGGUGAGCGCAAUCUCCUUCCGAGGGACCUGGAAGUAUGCGUUUCAGAAAGACCAAACCAGAACAAUGCCUUUCAGGUCGGACGAGUCCCAGAGCAAAGCGGUGCAGAUGAUGAGGCUGGAAGGAUACUUGAAACUGGGCUCCGUAGUGGAGCCUCGGGUCCAGCUCCUUGAGCUGCCGGAUGCUGAGGACUGCCUGAGCAUGGUCAUCCUCCUACCAAGUGAGGACAUCGGCCUGGGGCAGGUGACCAGAGAAAUCACUUAUGAGAAACUAAAACACUGGCUAAACUCAGCCAGCAUGAAAGACACAGGUGUGGUGCUCUACCUGCCCCGGCUCAGGGUCGACGAGCGUCAUGAAGAUCUGACUUCCAUUUUGACGGCUUUGGGACUGAUCGAUGUCUUCGACCACUCAAGAGCUAACUUGUCUGGCCUAACUGCAGGAGGGGGCCUCGCGGUCUCUACGAUCAUCCAUAAAGCCAUGCUGGAGGUCACUGAGGGUCAUUCGGAGAUAACCCCCACCACCCAAACAAGCACGGUGGAAAAUCCAGAGAUCUUCAAGGUGGAUCGUCCUUUCCUCUUCUUUAUCUUACACAAGGAAACCUGGACUAUUCUUUUCUAUGGCAGGAUUUCCAACCUUUAA